AUGUGGAUAAAAGGUUCGAAGGCCAUAAGACGCGGUUCUCUGUGCCAGUCUCUCAACCUUACUUGCAUUCUGCCCAUUGCAACUGGUGAAUGGGAUCGCUUAAGUGUUAUACAAGGGGAAUUGAACACCAUCAUGCGUGCCUACAUGAGAGAAAAUCGUGUGACCAUAGGAACAGAGCCAGCCACCAUGAAACGCAAGGAAGAUCUUCCUAUUCUAGAGGAUGAAGCUCGAAACGCCAUCAGGAAACUGCCGAACGAGAAAGCAGUGGAUCCUGACGAUAUCGCAGACGAAAUGAUCAAAACCUUAGGCGACACCAGAAUCAAAAUGAUGACAAGCCUUAUCAACGCCAUCUAUGAUGAAGGGCGGAUACCAAAAGAACUUUGUACAUCAGUGUUUAUUGCUCUGCCAAAGAAAGCAGGAGCAAAGAAUUGUGAAUUAUCCCGCGCAAUAAACCUGAUGAGCCACGUCACGAAGAUGAUCUUAAAGAUUCUUUUGGAGAGAACAAAGGGAGAGCUCGCUGGAGAACAAUAUGGUUCUAUGCCUGACAAAGGGACCAGGAAUGCUGUUUUUGUUCUGAGAAUGGUUUCCGAGAGAACGAUACUAGUACAGAAAAGCGUCUAA